AGUCUUUGGUCGGACCUUUCAGUAACAGGUCAGUCUUUGGUCGGACCUUUCAGUAACAGGUCAGUCUUUGGUCGGACCUUUCAGUAACAGGUCUUUGGUAUUUGUUGGAAUUGAUUAAUUCAAAACAGGCAACGUUUUCGGAAACUCGAAAAAAAUGUGUUUAGGCCUACUUUAAAAACAUCUGUCUUUUGACCGUUUAGUUCUAUUCUUCUGCAGCCAUCGAUAUUGAGCAAAUUAUAUUCACAAGGGCACCUUGGGAUAGGCGCUUCAUUCAGGUGUAGAAAGUUGCACCAUGAUAACGAUGUUGAAGAAAAAUGAAUUUACACUGCUUGAUGGGGCAAAAGAUGACCCCGGUCAAGCCCUCCUCCGUGCCGCAAAGACUGGAGAUGUUGCCCAAGCUAAAUACCUGGCCAAAAAGUGUCCCAAUCUCAACAUUAAAGAUGACACCGGAAACACGCCCUUAAUGCUGCUGAUAGGUAACUGUAAGGUAGAAGAUACGGACGACAGGGCGGCAGCUCUCAGCGCGUGCUCAUACCUAAUACUUCAUGGUGCAGACGUCAACGCUAAAAAUAGCGCGGGCCUGACGCCACUGAUGUUGGUCGUCUCGAGGCACUUCCGCCACAACAUGACUGACCUCCUGGAGCUCCUUGUCGAUCACGGAGCGAAUCCUGAUCUCGUGGACACCGGGGGUGACAAGGCCUUGACCCACGCGUUAAGGUCAAGGACGGCCAUACACUUUAUUCAAACAAACGUCAACUGGUUGCUGUUGAACGGCGCUGAUCCUUUCAUUGGCGUCCACAAUUAUAAACUGGUCUGUAGUUUCCUGAGUCAGAUCUUGGAUUUUGAGACUCAAGGUCGGGUAACGUUGAAUCAUAUUAGUCGAUUGAUUAAAGCUGGCAAGGUUGAGCUGCUCCGAUUCUUGGUGUGCAACUGCGCGUUGGAUAUGAGGUGCGCAACAUUCGAUGCAUUGAGCGGCUAUUCUCCCGAAGGAGAAACACUUAAAGGGCUCUCCCCAUUGAUGUUGGCUUUACUGCACGACAGGGCUGACAUCGCCAAAUAUUUUAUCGUAAACGGCUUCCUCACCGACCUUGACCUCAAACGUGAACCCUUGAGGUUCCGAAAUAGCCUAUCGGAAGGUCCAAAGGACUUGCUGAGAAAACUUCACUCCCAACCGUGGCCCCUGUCCAAACUCUCCCUCUGGACCGUCUCAGCACUGCUCGGACCUUUACCCCAGAGAGCGGACAUGGUCGGCAGGACGAAGCUUUCGGACACUGUAAAACAGCUGCUGGUGUUUCAAGGGCCGAUGUCCAGAGUCUGUUCUCACCUGUGGGAGAAGCUACCUGUAAAAACCACCUGUGAUUACACAACGGUGCCCUGUUUACGUCCACUUGUUUUGAACUGGCCGCACGGUCGAGGCAUUGAAAGGAAAUGUGCAUGCUGUCUAGAUAAGGUGUGCAAGGAUUUGACAAGUUCUUCUCCAACAUUAGAUUCAGAAACUAAGUGCAAG